UUCAAAUUAAUUUUGGGAAUUUAAUUGGUGAAUAUAUAAUGUGUGAUUUAAAUAAUUGGAAUUUAAUUUCUAUGUGCCAAAUAUUUAUUUGAAUUAUUGUGGAAUUAUUUGUGAAUUUAUCGGAUUUAAGAAAAUGUGUAUUUCACCAAUUUAUGCCAUGUGGAACUAUUUUAUGGUUUUGAGGAUUUUGAAAUUGGUGUGGUUUUAAUGGUAAAUUGGGCACGAUUCGAUUUUCAAAUAUUUCAAGGAAAAUAUUUGGUUAUGUUGGUGAUUUCAAUUUUUAUGAAAUAUGCCCAUAAAAUAUUAUGGGAUUUGAUUAUGAUAUUUCGAGAAAUUAUUUAUGCUUGGAAAAAAUGUGGAUAUUUGAAUUGAUGGAUUUGGGAGUUGGUGGAUUUGAAAAUCAUGGGAUUUAUGGUAUUAAUUAUAAGGAAAUUGUGGAGAAUUUCCCGGUUCAACCGGAUGGAUUAUGCCCGCUAUGUUUAUGAAAAAUGUGAAAUUUGUUUUAUAAUUUAAAUUGUGGAUUUUAUGAUUUUUAGAUGCACCGUGCACGUACUGGUGUUCUGAUUAUGUGAUAUGGUAUAUGUGAUAUGGAUAUUGUGCACACGGAUAUGAUUAGCGCGCAGGUGGGUGUGAGUAGCGCGCGGUUGAUAUUAUGAGGGUGUCCUGUGGAUGCCAUCGGAGAGGGCGGCCACCCCCCAUUGGCCGGGACACCAGGUUAGCAGCGGCGCAGUGGGACGCCACGCGACCGUAUGCCGGUUUCUUUCUAUAACCUCCUGUCUGGCGGUACCUUGGGACGCUGGGUACUGUUGGCGCCACUGGUAUAUAGUGGGUGCAUCAAAUGAUUUUCAGAACUGUGUUUUAAAAAUAAAAUGUUAAUGAAAAAUAUAAUUGUUACCGCUUCUGGUAUUUAAUUGAUGUCUUGGUUUUCGGGAAAUAUGAAUAAAGGGUUUUGUGAAAAUGUUUUAAAAGGGGAAUCUUUCCAACUGAGAGAAUUGUAAGGGUUUUGAGAGACAUUAUUAUUUCCAAAUAAUUAUUAUUUAUAUACCUAUUACCGUGGUAUGAUAGUGUAGAGUAGUAGGGUCGCUCACUGAGAUGAUUAGCAUCUCACACUCUUAAAUUCCGUUCCUCUAGGUACCAGGUUGUCGGUGUUCACUCGGAGCGGACUCGAUCUUCCUCGCUGUACUUGUUCGUGCAGUACCUUGUUCUUCUUUUACUGCAGUUGUAAUAUUUCGUUCACUUUUGCUGUAUUCUGUAUUUUGUAGUACUUCAUAAAGCUCUGUAUACUGUAUGGGACACUUAUGUAUUUGUAUUGCACUGGAUUACUGUAUUUUUAUUUUGGAGUGCUGAAAUUUGUGGAACCAGUUCGUCGUACUGUGGGAGGAAUAAGGGAACAAUUAUAGAAGUGUGUUUUCAGUGCAGGAAAUUUUGUGGUAAGUUCAUCCCUUAGGGGAGGUUCUGCCGGAUCUUCCACAGAAGGGUCCGGUAGGGUUUCCCUGGGAUCAGGGCUUGUCUAGGGUUCCGGUGGGGAACUUUGGACGGGUCCUGACAGUUGGUAUCAGAGCAUAGGUUCUUGUAAUCCUAAGGGACUGUGCAUUGCUGUACAGCCCAUCCGUAAAUUCCUUCCUUUUGUAAUCGUGCUUAAGUGUCCCUGUUUCUAAACUCUUGUUUGUUUCUUCAGUUUAAUCGACUACGAUGAGUCGGCGGGACACACGUAGAACUCGGGAACGCUCGGCUGAGAGUUCCGGGAGUCGAUCAAGCCUUAGAGAUCUGGUCUCUCAGCUAACUAGAGCCUUAGGAGGUUCAAGCUCUAGUAACCGAUCCGUGGAUCAGGCUCGACGUUUAGGAGCCGUGGAGUUCGAUGGAAGCCAAGGCCCAGCUGCAGCCUUGAAGUGGCUAUCCAGCAUGGAGAAAAUCUUGGAAGAGGGGAUGCAGUGCCCCGAUGAGGAUAUGGUGAGGAUUUCUGGGUUCAUGUUAGAGGGAGACGCCCGGAAGUGGUGGCAAAUGGAGAAGACCCGCAGAAGGCAUACGUGGGACCAGUUCAAGAUUGCCUUCUCUACUGAGUUCUGUCCUCCUGCCUACCGUGAGGCGAGAAGGAGAGAGUUCGAGGGACUGCGCCAGGGAAACAUGACGGUGACAGAGUACGAGAGGAGGUUCCGGGAGCUGUCAGAGUUCUGCAUGCACUUGAUUCCCGACGAUCACACGAAGAAGCUGAGGUUCAUAGACGGAUUGAAAGAGAGCAUCGGCUACACCCUUUCUGGAUCAGUACAUCCCACCUAUCAGUCCGCCAGGGAUGCAGCGCUCGAGCUAGAGAGACAGGAGGAGAUACACAGACCCUCGAGGCGCAGACCGUUCGAAGGUUCGUAUAGCGGGGUACCUCGACAGGGGGCAUCUAAGAAGAGUCAUAGUUCAGGCUCAGACAGUGGUGGGUUCAGCCCUCGAGGCAGAUUUCAGAGGAGAGGCGGCUAUCGUAUGCCCCAACCAGCGCGCCAUUCCAUCAGCGGCGGCACGAGCUCAUAUCAGCACUCUGGGUUUAGCCCCAAGCCAUUCUGCAGACGUUGCAAUAGAGCACACCAUGGGAUUUGCCAGUUUGAGGGUGUGUGCUUUCAGUGUGGACAGGCGGGACAUAUUAAGAGAAAUUGCCCUUAUGGAGAGGCGGGAGUGUUAGGGGUGAGCCCACCAUCACAUCAGGCCAGUGGAUCGCGGGGUCAGAGUUCCCGAGGGAGUUAUGCAGUAGGAGGUUCAUCGGGAUCAGUCCCACAGCCUGUUGGACCGAGCAGGGGUAGAGGACGGAGGCCCCAGCAGACAGGGCAGGGUCGAGUGUUUGCGAUGACGCAGCAGGAGGCCCUAGCUACACCGGACGUCGUGGCAGGUGCACGUGCAAGUAGCGGAGUCGAUCCUGCGGAGGAUCUUGAUUGAGAUACGUGCACAAGGUGAGUGACCCACCUUCAAAUUAAUUUUGGGAAUUUAAUUGGUGAAUAUAUAAUGUGUGAUUUAAAUAAUUGGAAUUUAAUUUCUAUGUGCCAAAUAUUUAUUUGAAUUAUUGUGGAAUUAUUUGUGAAUUUAUCGGAUUUAAGAAAAUGUGUAUUUCACCAAUUUAUGCCAUGUGGAACUAUUUUAUGGUUUUGAGGAUUUUGAAAUUGGUGUGGUUUUAAUGGUAAAUUGGGCACGAUUCGAUUUUCAAAUAUUUCAAGGAAAAUAUUUGGUUAUGUUGGUGAUUUCAAUUUUUAUGAAAUAUGCCCAUAAAAUAUUAUGGGAUUUGAUUAUGAUAUUUCGAGAAAUUAUUUAUGCUUGGAAAAAAUGUGGAUAUUUGAAUUGAUGGAUUUGGGAGUUGGUGGAUUUGAAAAUCAUGGGAUUUAUGGUAUUAAUUAUAAGGAAAUUGUGGAGAAUUUCCCGGUUCAACCGGAUGGAUUAUGCCCGCUAUGUUUAUGAAAAAUGUGAAAUUUGUUUUAUAAUUUAAAUUGUGGAUUUUAUGAUUUUUAGAUGCACCGUGCACGUACUGGUGUUCUGAUUAUGUGAUAUGGUAUAUGUGAUAUGGAUAUUGUGCACACGGAUAUGAUUAGCGCGCAGGUGGGUGUGAGUAGCGCGCGGUUGAUAUUAUGAGGGUGUCCUGUGGAUGCCAUCGGAGAGGGCGGCCACCCCCCAUUGGCCGGGACACCAGGUUAGCAGCGGCGCAGUGGGACGCCACGCGACCGUAUGCCGGUUUCUUUCUAUAACCUCCUGUCUGGCGGUACCUUGGGACGCUGGGUACUGUUGGCGCCACUGGUAUAUAGUGGGUGCAUCAAAUGAUUUUCAGAACUGUGUUUUAAAAAUAAAAUGUUAAUGAAAAAUAUAAUUGUUACCGCUUCUGGUAUUUAAUUGAUGUCUUGGUUUUCGGGAAAUAUGAAUAAAGGGUUUUGUGAAAAUGUUUUAAAAGGGGAAUCUUUCCAACUGAGAGAAUUGUAAGGGUUUUGAGAGACAUUAUUAUUUCCAAAUAAUUAUUAUUUAUAUACCUAUUACCGUGGUAUGAUAGUGUAGAGUAGUAGGGUCGCUCACUGAGAUGAUUAGCAUCUCACACUCUUAAAUUCCGUUCCUCUAGGUACCAGGUUGUCGGUGUUCACUCGGAGCGGACUCGAUCUUCCUCGCUGUACUUGUUCGUGCAGUACCUUGUUCUUCUUUUACUGCAGUUGUAAUAUUUCGUUCACUUUUGCUGUAUUCUGUAUUUUGUAGUACUUCAUAAAGCUCUGUAUACUGUAUGGGACACUUAUGUAUUUGUAUUGCACUGGAUUACUGUAUUUUUAUUUUGGAGUGCUGAAAUUUGUGGAACCAGUUCGUCGUACUGUGGGAGGAAUAAGGGAACAAUUAUAGAAGUGUGUUUUCAGUGCAGGAAAUUUUGUGGUAAGUUCAUCCCUUAGGGGAGGUUCUGCCGGAUCUUC